CCUAAUCUCUCUUCUCUGCACUUUCUCCCCAGUCUGUCUAAGUAUUCUACACCUCCAUAAAAGCUUUUUGGUCGGCCAUUCUACCGUGGUAUCGUAAAGCAGAAAACCUAAAAGGCGGUUAUCCAAAAGAUGAAGAUGAGGAUGAAGACGAAUUCGCCGGUUUGGGUCCAAACCGCCGACGACUCAAUCCAUCAAGUGGAGGAAGAAUUCGCCAUGAUUUGUCCGAUACUGAGCCCACAAGUUGUUCGAGGAAAAGGCUCAACCAAAAAUGAUGCCAUAUCACUUCCCCAUCAAGUCACCGCCGCUUCCUUAGAGUUGAUACUGGAUUACUGCCGGUUCCAUCAAGUUCCCGGCCGGUGUAACAAGGACCGGAGAGCCUACGACAAGAAGCUCGCCAAUUCGUCAUGCCCGGCGACGCUGUGCGAAUUGGCCUGCGCCGCCGAUAGUCUCCAACUGAAGCCCCUGGUGGACCUUACGACGACGGCUAUAGCGAGAAAUAUUGAAGGGAAAAGUGCGGAAGAGAUGCGGGAGGCCUUGAAUUUGCCCGAUAAACUAAUCACGGUGGAGGAGAAGCUGGAACCGAUACCAAACCGGACUAAUUGCCCUCAUAUUAGGCUUCUGAAUCGGUUGUUUGCUAGAAAGAGGAAAGUGUUAGAGGAGAGGAAAAAACAGAAAAAUGUGAAUGAAGAGGUUGAAGGUGAAUUAGGGCAGCCUCCGCGGCCGACCGAUGAACGCUCGGUUGAUGAACUGUUGUCCUUUAUAAAUGGUGGAGGAGAUGGUGAUUCUAAUAAUAAUAAGGGUGAUAAGAAGAUGUCAAAGAAGAAGAAGAAAAACCGGAAGAGACCCAAAGAUAGGAUGAAAAAUGUGAAUGACAACAGCAAAGAUCCAGUGUGUGAAGAUUCUAAAUCUGUUAUGCAUUUUCCUGAGUUUGAAUUUGAUGAUGAUUAUACGGACGACGAAUUAGAUCCUGCUCAGAAGGAAGAACUGGACAGGGAGGUUGAGGACUUUGCUCGCAGAUUGAAUUCUGUCUGGGAUAGAAAGGAUGUUAGAGUUUUUGUGCCGUCCUUUGUGUCGAGAAAGGAUACAUUUACCAGUAUCACUUGAAAAGGUGGAUUUUCAUUCACUUUUUU